GGCGGACCUACCAGUGCUUCGGCAGCAGCGGCGGCAGCCCGGGGGACUGCUUCCCAGGCCGCGAGGCGUGCGGCUCGCCGUUCGAGGGCGCCCCUGUGUUCCACUUGAUGGACCAGCAGGGCUGCGCGGAGAACGACCCCAAUGGCCCAGUCUACGACCCCGUGCACGGGGUGGUUCACCACUUUUACCAGGACCACCUGGCCGCCAAGCCAGGACACGGGCCGAUAUUCGGUGGCCUCCCGGCAGGUCCGGGGCGCCCGCGCUUGGCCCGGCCGUGGGGUGCGGGCUCGGUGGCCGAGAACCAAGGGGAUCUCCCAGCCGCGUUCCUGGAGCGUCUGCUGGGGGCCACGCCCUACGACAACAUGGCGAUUUUCACUGGCAGCGCCGUGGUUGUGGAGGGGGCGGGACCAGGUGGUAAAGGUCCUGGCGUGGUCAACAUCUACCCUGGGCUGUGCAACAAGCAGGACUGGCCUUCAUGCAGCACGGGCACCCUCUUAGCACAGGCGGUGCCAGCAGAGUAUGCUGGCGACCCGCUGCUGACAAAUUGGACCAAGCCUGACUACAAUCCGAUCAUCGAGAACACCCAGCGCGACCCGAGCACGCCGUGGAAAACGCCGAGCGGCGAGUGGCGCAUGCGGACUUUCGACUCGAUGGUGUACGGAGCUGCCUCGGAUGCCGACCUGCUGGCCGGGCGCUGGUACACGAUCGGCAAAAGUAAGGACUUCCGCAGUUGCGAGUGCCCGAGCUUCUACCCGCUGCCCGGCCCGACGCCUGGCUUCGAGGAUGCCUAUCACUCGAGCGCCGGCUCGCUGCCCACGCACGUGCACAAGACGAGUUGCGGCGGGGACUGGUGGCAGCUAGGUUCUUACGACCCAGGCCCCCUCAACUCCACCGGCGUGUUCUCGGCGACGGUCGGGUGGGAGGACCUUUUUGAGCAGCGUCGCAUCGAGAGCGGCAAGCUCUACGCCUCGAAGGACAACGAGUACCCGACCAGGAGCGGAGGCAAGCGGCGCAUCAACUGGGGCUGGGCCCAGGUGCCCCCGCAGAGCACGCAGACGCUCCCGAGAGUCGUGACCUUCAACGCCGUGGCGCGCGUGCUGGAGCAGGCCCCCGCCGAAGAGCUGGAGGCCCUCCGUGGCACGCCAGCCUCGUCCAGGACGGCCGUUCGCUUGGCCCCUGGCGUCGCCGUUGACCUGGAGGCGGGCAACGGGGUUGCAAAGCACAGCGAAACGGUGGCCGUGUUUCGGCUGCCCGAGCACAACGCCACCUUCGGCGUUACCGUCGGGGACCUCAGGUGUACGGUGAGCUAUGCUCCCCCGGCCGGCGAAGCGGCUUCGAAGCCUUGGUACGCCGUGCAGGUCGAGUGCGGGGGAGUGAGCGACACGCUCCGGCUCGUGGCUAGCGAGACGACGAUCGAGCUUCGAGUGUUUGCCGACGCGACCUUCGUGGAGGCCUACUUCCAGAAAGGCAGGGUUGCGAUGACCGUGGCCUCCAAGCUCGGCGACAGCUCGCAGGUCGCCGUGGAGUCCACCGCGCCCGUCACGCUGUCCGACUCCCGCGUGUACCCCAUGAGGGGCAUCUGGGUGUCCCCGGAGGAGGUGCGGAGCUCCCCGCGGGUCUUCCCGGGAGCCUCGCGGGGGGCGGUGGCCGCCGUCGGCCACCGCGUGGAGGAGGUGGUCGUGUGA